CCUGCACAUAGACUCCAUUUUGCUGCCUCCCUAGUACCAUAUACAUAGAGUCACGCGUCUGGGUGCAGGUGCAGAUCUUACAGAGCCGCUGGGCUCGCUAACCUUGGUUCAAGGCAGCGAAAGUUCUACAUAAGGUCCUAUCAGUCGUUUGCUCUCCUCAAUUUCGCCUAAGACUGCACGCGGUGGACAGCACUCCGGCGCGAAGCCAUCGCACGCCUGCUGGCAGCGUGCUCUCGGCAGCACAUUGGACUCCGGCUUUGCCAUGAUGCAACUAUAAGUAUAGUUUGAUAGGCGUGAACCGACAUGGCGAAGGGCAGCAAACCGGCGGGCGCCUCAGAAGGCGCGAAAGACCUGGCGUGGGCUCAGGAGAAGUUUGAUGAGUUGAUGAAGAAGAAGUUCCCGGACGAUGAGCUCAGCACCCUGGAGCAGCUUUGGAAGGGCUCUGCACUGAGCAGCGACGAGGCUGCACUUGCUCGGCUGCUCUACGUGCGUGCCCAGCUCCAACAGCAUUUUAUGGACAUGCGCAAGCUGCAUGAGCUGGUCAAGGACGCAGAGGCUUGCCUGCAGCCUCUAGUGGAGGGCCGCGGCAAUCGCAGCGCGACAGCGCUGGGCCUGCUUGCGGCGUGGUACGGGCGGAUCCUGGACAUACACGAGCCUGCUGCAAACGCAAUUGCUGCACUCUGGGAUCAGUUGCCGGGCACCACGGAGAAGGAGCUGGCGGGCUGGCGGGACCCCGCAGACGAGCUGCUGCUGGGUGGCAAGGGGCCCCUCUUUGUCGACAAGGCCGGCGCUAUCGCCGGGGACAAGGCUGAGCGGAUAGCGGCGCUUCAGAAGGGCUUCUCCGAGGGCCCGCUCAAGAUGGCGAAGGAGAAGAAACCCAGCCUCAUAAUCAAGCGCCCCAUGGAGCCGAAGCAGGGCAAGCAGCAGACCGAGCAGGUCGAGCGCGCAGUGAAGGGACUGGUGGCCAUGAACGCCGACGCCUUGCAGCAACGGCAGAAGCUGACGGGGGAAAUGGAGAAGUGCUGGGAGGCCUUCGUGGGCACCGUUGAGGACCUGGACGAGGGCUCAAAGGCGCGCAUCGAGAAGGUGCUGGAGACAGUGCAGUUCGAGAGGAUGGACGAAUUCUUUGAUGCCAUGGCGCGGGCGCUGGACGCGUGGUCCUCCAGCACCUUCGGCGCCAACUCGCCGCUCAAGCAGGCCUACGUGGACAGCCUGGCGGAGACGCUCGCGCGCUUCGUAAGCCGCCGCAACGUACUGGCGCUGCAGCGGCCGGACGUGGGCCACACCAUGCUGGGCCUGCCCGCAAAGCGGACGGAGGAAGCUGGCGCCUCGGAGGCAUCGGAGGCCAAGGCCGCUGGCGGAGGCGGAGGCGGAGGCGGCGGCAAGGGCAAGGGCGGCAAGGGCGGUGGCGGUGGUGGCAAGGGCGGCGGCAAGGCGGACUCGCCUGGCGGGGCGCUGCAGUUGGCGGUGGAGAAGCUGCUGGCCAAGGACGUGGACAGCCCGGACGUGGACGCGGUGCUGCAAGACCUGGAGGCGCAGGUCAAGGAGCACGGCCGGGAGCUGUGCACACGGCUGAUGGACAAAGCACUGUCGGCACUGGAGGUGAAGGAGGGCGAGGAGCCGCUGGCCAAGCAGCUCAAGGACCGUCAGGACCUGGGCGAGCUCAUGGUCAAGGCCAUGUACGUCAAGCUGGGCGCCGACGGCGCGGCCGCGAGCGGGAGCCGGAGCGAGCUGGACACGGUGUUUGAGGAGCUGCUGCUGCGGCAGCGAAGCGGCGAGGGGUUGCUGUGGGCCGAGGACAUGGAGCCUCUGGAGAAGGAGCACGACACCAAGACCAUCAAGGUGCUGCCGCGCGACCUGGACGUCUCCGCACGCCGCCGCGCCCGCUUCUGCAUGCAGUUGAACGCGCUGUCUCCGCUCCAGCGCUAUGACGUAUUGGACAGCAUCGCCUUGCGCUUCGCUAUCCCGGCCACCGUGGACGAGAGCUCCACGCCCGAGCAGAAGAGCACGAUAGCGGUGUCGCUACCGGAUGCCUUCGAUUCGCCGGACGGCCCCAACGAUGUGCUGGAGCGCCUGGGCGACCCGCUCAGCAUAUUCACGGGCUACGCGCACCUGCUGCGCCACCGCGGCAUCCUGCCGCUGUCGCCUCCGGACGUCAAGCCGGAGAAGGGCGCGGGCAAGCAGGCGGCGGCGACGGCGCUGGAGGGCAUGGACGCGCCCGGGCGGCGCGUGGCGCGGCUUUGCAAUUCCCUGCUGCACAACGGCGACGGCCUGCCUUCGGAGUCGGCCAUGAUAGUCCUACGGCUGCAGCACACCACCAAGCAGGAGUACGCUGAGGUCAUCCAGAAGGUCACCGGCGAGCUGCCCAUCGAGAUUGCCAAGCGCGUGCAGGCAGCCCAGGAGGGCAAGCCGGUGCCUGAGCUACCGGAGGACGCCGAGUCGGACCCAGUGUUUGGCCCCUACAUCGAGUUCGACUGGCGCGAGUCGCUGCCGGCCGAGGACAAGAAGCGGCUGCACGCCGAGUGGCGCGAUGACAUCGUCACCGCGAUUAAGGCGCUGGAGGAGGGUGACUGCAACCUGGGCCGCCGCAUGGUGGCGACGCUGAAGCUCUUCCUGGCGGACCGCUGUGGCGCCAGUCCCCUGGAGGUGGACGUGUCAUCGGGCCGCAUCGGCACCUGGCUGGCCAAGCUGAGCCACCAGGACCUGGUGCUGCUGCGCCUGUUCCUGCUGGACCACCUGGGCAUGCGCGCCUCCGCCACGCCCACGCACAUCCGCGCUGCCGUGAUGGACUGGCAGCGCGGCGCGGAGGAUGAGAUGUGGGGCCUGGAGCUGGUGACGGAGGGCGGCGGCGCGGCUGGCGGCGCCGGCAAGCAGGGCGGCAAGGGCGGCAAGGGUGGUGACUCGGGUCCGGCUGCGGCGGCCGGGGCCGGCAUCCCGCGCGGCAAGGUGCGCAUGUCCGUGAAAGCCUACGAGGCGCUGUGCCGCCGGCACGAGAAGCGCACCCGCCGCGAGGAGCUGCACAAGCGCACCGCGUUCACCCUGGCGCGCCUGCUAAAGGCUGCCGGCAAGAGCAUCACGCCGCCGCCAGGCGCCGGCUCCGCCUCCAGUGCGGCCUCUGCAGCCGCAGGCGCAGGCGCAGCCGCAAGCACCACCAGCAAGAAGAAGGGCAAGGGCGGUGCCGGCGACGCCGCCGCGCCCGGGGCUCCCGCGGGUGCUGCGCCGACUGACGUCGCAUUCGCGAGCCUGGUCAAGGACGUGGAGCCGCUGCCGGUGCCCGAGGGCGCAGACCCCAAGGUGCUGAUUGAUUUGCUGGCGGACCAGUACCAGGACAUCGUGGACGCAGACGACCCGGCGGCAGCGGACAUGCUGCUCAAGGCGUUGGCCCUGCUGGACAACAGGGCAGUAGCCUCCAACGCUGAGUACGAUGUGCUGCUGGAGCAGCUGCUGGAGGGCUCCGCCGAGGGCGCGGCGCUCAAGCUGGGCACGGAGAAGGCGGAGAAGGGCGCACUGUACGAGCUGACGAGCCUCAAUACCGCCACGAGCGCUGACGUGUCCGAGGCGCCGGUGUUCAGCGUGCGCGACGCGGUGGAGGAGCUGGUGCGGGUGGUGGUGCUGGAGGAGGUGCACAAGGACGUCACCGCCGUGGCGCGCAAGCAGCUGGAGGGCCUGGUGGCGGUGUGGAACAGCAUUUUGGAGAACUCGGCAGACCGGGACCAGCUGUGGGAGAAGCUCCAGUCGCGCACCAGUCCCUGGGCGUCCACCAGCCUUCGCAAGAUGGCGGGUGAGGUGUCGGCGGCCAGCUGGUCGAGUGGCGAGGCCGCCGCUAAGAAGCUGCAGGAUGCGCGGCGCGAUGCGCUCAAGACAGCGCUGACGCUGCAGGCGCGCGUUCUGCGGCUGUCUGUGCUGUCGACUGCGGUGCGGCAGAAGGAUGCGGAGGAAUACGCGACAAAGCUGACGUCUAAGCUGCGGCACAUGGCGACGGAUACGGGGAAGCCCACCAAGACCGACGAUCCGGCGGCUGGCGCCAAGGGUGCCAAGAGCAAGGCGCGGAACACCAGCAGCAACGCCACGGCGGCGGCGGACGCAAGCUCGAGCACCAAGCUGUACGAUAACCUGAAGGCGGAGCAGGACAGCGCGACAGCGGAAGCCACGUGGCUGCGCGAGACCAACAUGCGCGCGAAGAACUUGGCCGAGCGCUACAUGACUAGCGCCAACGCUGCGUACAUGCUGCCGGCGGGGCUGGGCGGCCGCCCGCUGGAGACCUCGUCCAGUACGCUCGCCGACCUGAUGGUGGAUGCGCUGGAGGGGCUGCAGGUGCUCAUGUACCACCUCACGCUGCUGGACAGCGUAAUCGAGACGGUGCAGGUGCAGGCGCGCGUGGCGGUAGGCGGCGCGCUGCGCAACGACCUGCUGAGCCCCGGCAUCGUGGGCACCGAGGUCAUCAACGGCUUCCUCGACAACCGGCUGAAGACAUUUGUGGCCGAGCAAGCCACGUUCGUCGUGGCAAGGGAGGCAGAAGCGGAGAAACGGAAGCUGGCGGAGAAAAUCCGCAAACAGCAGGAGGAGAAGACGGCCAGGGAGAAGGAGAAGGCAGAGAAGGAGGAGCUCAAACGCCAGGAGGAGAAAAAGCAGAAGAUGGAGGAGGAGAAGCGCCUUGCGCAGGAGAAGAAAAAGAAGGAGGAGGCGGAAGCGGCGGAGAAGAAGCGCCAGGCAGAGAAGAACAAGAUUGAAUUUGAGGGCGACGACGAAGAGGAGGACUCCCAGGCCAGCACGGCCGGCCGCGGCGCCGGUGGCAAGGGCAUACAGGCAGCCCAGCCGCCGCCGGCCGCGCAGCAGCAGGCCGCGGGCGCGGGCGGUGUGAAGGCCAAACUGCAGGAGAAGCUGCAGCAGCAGGGCCAGGGGCAGCACGGCAGCAGGCAGCCGCCGCCGCUGCAGCAGCCACCUCAGCAGCAGGGGCCUUCGGGCGCCGGCAAGCCCGGGAAGGAGAACGCCGGCGCGCAUGCACCCGGAGCCGGCAAGGCCGCGCCCGCCACAGCGGCCCCAGCCGGCAAGGAGGGCAGAGAGGGCCCCGGCAAGCCGGCGCCACCGCCGCAAAGCAAGAGUAUUCCGCCGCCGGCGCCGCCCGUGCAGCAACAGCAGAGCCAGGGCUCGCGGGGCCAGGGCGCGCAGAGCCAGAAGGGCGGACCGACGUACCAGCUUGUUGGUGGGAAGGACGGCAAGGGCGGCGCACAGGGCGCGCAGGGUGGCAAGGGUGGCGCGGCGCAGCAGCAGCUGCAGCCACAGCAGCCGCCGCCACAGCAGCCGCCCGGCGCGGGCAAGAGCUCUGUGAAGGGCGCGCAGCCCCCGCCGCCGGCGCCGGGCAAGGCGGCGCCGCAGCCGCAGGCGGUUCCGGGCUUCCACCACGACGAGCCGGCCGGGGAGGGCGGCCGCGGCGCCCGCCGCCGUAAAGGCGGCAGGGGCCUCGGCGCGGGCGGCGCAGGCGGUGCGGGCGGUGCGGCGGAUGUGGAGGGCGGCACUGGCCGCGUGCGGGUGGAGCUGCUGUCCGAUCAGGUGCUGGAGGACAAUGAGUACCCGUUGAAGUACCCCUACCCAUUCACUGCGCCGGAGGGCUGGGAGGUGAUUGAGGGCUUCCUUCUGCCUGCAAGCGGCGAGGAGAUGCAGGAGUUCCGUAAAGCGGCGGCGGAGACCAACCUCGAGGACCCCACUACCCGACGGGAGUUCUGGCUGGCGGCCGUCGGUAACGUGUACAAAAACAAAAGGGUGGAGGACAUGCCUGACCUGCCCACUGAUGUGUACGUCGUCGCGCGCGCCGAUCGGAUUAUGCAGCGGCAGGAGGCCCGCCGCGCAGCCGCGCAGCCGCAGGCACAGCCCGGCGAGGGCCAGCCGCAGCUGCCGUUCGGGGUGGCGGCAGACCUGGGGCAGCCGGUGCCGGCGCCCCCGCCCGGUGGCAUGCCGUAUGGCGCGCCCGGCGCACCGGUGCCACCACAGCUGCAGCACAACCCCUACGGCCGGCCGGGUCCGCACGGCAUGCCCGGCCCGAUGUUCCCCCAGCCGCCUGUGCCAGGCAUCGCGCCGCCGCCCCUGAUGCCGGGCAUGCUGCCGUUUCGGCCUGGCAUGAUGCCGCCAUUCCAGCCCUACCCGGGCGGGCAUAUGCCGCCGCCUGGGAUGCAGCCCCCUAGCAUGCCGCCCCCUGGGAUGCAGCCGCCCGCUAUGGGUGGCUACAUGCCCGGCAUGGCACCCCAGGCGCAGGCGGCAGCACCGGCGCAGGUGGAGGAUGAGGAUGAGGAGGACAACGAUAACUUGCUGGGGCUGCUGGGCGUGGUGUCCAACGCGCCCGCGCCACCCAAGCCGGCGGUUGUGUCGGUGCAGGUGCAGCCGGUCAUCUCCGCGGCGCCCGGGCCUUACGGCGCCCAGGUGCCGCCCUACGGCGCGCCGCCGCCGCCCUACGGCCCCGCGGCGGGCGGCUACAUGCCGCACAUGGCCGCCGCUGCCGCGCCGUCCUACGUCUCCGCGCCGGCUGCGCCGGCCGCCGCAGCGGCGUGGGAGCCCGCGCCAGCCGCGGCCGCGGCGGACGGCUGGGGUGGCAGCAUGGCCGAUGUGGCGCCGGCGUCGGACAAGCCGGCGGCGCCCGCGCCCGCGCCGGCGCCGGCGGCGCCCAAGCCCCUGUCGUGGGCGGACAAAAUCAAGGCUUCGAAGAAGCUGGAGGAGAUGCCUGAGGCGGUGCGCCCUACUCUGCUGCCGGCACCGGUCGAUCACGGCGGCUACGACGACGAGUACAGCGACGACGACGACGAUGAGGGCUACCAGGAGGCGUUGGCGGCGUCCCUGCAUGACAACAAGGACGUCGCCUUCCCCGCACUGGGCGCGGCGCGGCCGGGCGCCGGCCGCGGCGCGGGCGCCUGGGGCGUGGGCAUGGGCGUGGCGGCGGCGCCCAGUUCGGACGCGGCGGCGGCGGGCGGCGGCGGCAACACGGCGGGCACGGGGCUGGUGAACCGGCAGGGCGAGUACAACUGCUUCCUGAACGUCAUCAUCCAGUGCCUGUGGCACUGCACCGACUUCCGCGCCGCCAUGAGGCCGAUGCGGCCGGAGGAGUACGAGGCCGGCCACCCGGUGGUGGCGGCGCUGCUGCGGCUGUUCAAGGCGCUGGACAGCGCCGACGCCGCCGCGCACGGCCUGGCGGCGCCGGGCGAGCGGCAAGUGGUGGACCCCUCGGAGCUGCGUGUGGCGCUGGAGGGGCUGGGCAUCCGCGCCGGCGAGAUGAACGACCCGUCCGAGGUGCUGAGCUCCGUGUUCGAGUCGCUCAACCGCGCUCCCGGCCUUGCGGCGCCGGGCCCCCUGCCCGACCUGAGCGGCAUGCAGGGCGACGCCGACAUGAGCCGCGUGCUGUCCACCGUGGACCGCCUGUUCGGGCUGCUGCUAAGCGAGGAGGUGCGCUGCACGCAGAAGGGCUGCGACAAGACCACGCACCGGCUGGCGCCGCACAUCGAGUACCACGUGGUGGUGGCGGCGGCGGGGCUGCGCGAGACGCGCAUGGUGCUGGCCAUGGACAUGCCGGAGUCUGACAUGACCACCGGCCGCCUCCUGCGCGAGAUCGAGCGCCAGCACAUGAAGCGCUGCGACAAGGACCCGCCCCACUACGGCUGCAACAACCCCACGCACGUGACGCGCACGCUGCACAACAUCCCCAACGUCUUCAGCGUGCUGCUGGCGUGGGAGCCGGACGUGCAGGGCGACACCAUCGCGGAGACACUGCAGUGCGUCGACACCGUGCUGCAGCCCACGGAAAUCUUCAUGCCCGGCGCGUGCCCGCACAACCUGCCCAGCUACGCGCUACACGGCAUGUUCUGCUACUACGGCCAGCACUACUUCGCCUUCAUCAACCGCGGCGGCGUGGAGGAGGCGGAGCAGGAGUGGGUGAUGUUCGACGACGCAACGGUGUCCACCAUUGGCUCCUGGUCCGCCGUUAUCAGCAAGUGUCGCGUGGGCCGCAUCCAGCCCUCCGUGCUGUUCUACCAGACCCACAAGGCGCGGCUGGGGUACCGUUAAGAGCCAGGCGACGGGCGGGCGAGCGGGUUGAGGGCAGUAAGGGGGGAUGGGUGGGCAUGAGCAGCAGUAGGUCAGCCAGUGCGGAGCAAAGCAGAUGCCUUUGUUGUUUGCUGGGAAGGUCAAGUCACGGGGUCACAGGCAGAUAGGUUGUUUGCAAGUGUGUUAUAUCGUGCCUGAGCGCGCCGGCUGCGUUGGCAUGGGACAUAUCAGACACCCUGGCAAGAUGAAGGUCAGGGCCCUGCACACACGGACCAUGGGCAGUGUAGGUAGUGUGUGCAGUCACCGAGUCGCCGAAGCUCGUGUAGCAGGCUGGGCUUCGGGUCGCAGGGUAACGAGCGGAAGUGGCUGUGUGUGAGUGACUGCCGCAUGGCAGGCAGGGCAGGUGGCCAGAGUGCAUGCUGUAGCGUGUGCGCGUGGCUGCGCUAUUGGAAGUUGCAGGGCAGGUGUCAAUCGUGCUGGGUUCCUGGAUGCAGGGUUCGGCAGUGUUAUUGUACUGUGUAGGUUUACCACGCCUGGGGUGGCGUGUGUUUGUUAAGACAGCGCGAGUCAGCAAUUUAUCAAGUGGACAUAGGAGACGCGGCUGUGUAAGGGUCGAGGCACAAACGCAGCUGUGUUGGGUAGCCAAUGUAUGCCUUAAGUUGAACUGCUGCAUGGACGUGUAAUAGACAACCGGG